UAUGUAUAUGGAUAGUAUAUAAAAAUUGUUGUCUUUUUGUUUUCUCCCUUUCAAAGUUCCAAUCCUCGGGCCAUUGUGAAGAUCUCAGAUCGAUUUCAAAGUCUUGAUCUUGAUUUUGUGAUUCGAGAUAAGCUUUGUGCUAAUCAUGGCUGGUCGCUACGAUCGGAACCCCUUCGACCAAGAAGAAGAAGUCAAUCCUUUCGCUAAUCCCGGAAGUGUACCCGCUGCUUCGAAUUCCAGACUAUCGCCUUUGCCUCCAGAACCUGCUGGUUUUGGCUAUGGUCGCACCGUUGAUAUUCCUCUUGACAGACCGGGGUCUGGUACACAGGAUUUAAAAAAGAAAGAGAAGGAGCUCCAAGCCAAAGAAGCUGAACUAAGACGGCGGGAGCAGGAUCUAAAACGGAAAGAGGAUGCUGCUGCACGAGCCGGAAUUGUUAUCGAGGUGAAAAACUGGCCGCCCUUCUUCCCACUUAUCCACCAUGACAUUGCAAAUGAAAUUCCUAUUCGGCUCCAAAGGCUACAGUAUAUUGCAUUUGCAACAUAUUUGGGGUUGGUUCUUGCACUUUUCUGGAAUAUCAUCGCCGUUACUACAGCGUGGAUCAAAGGAGAAGGAGUAACGAUUUGGCUUCUCGCCCUUAUUUACUUCAUAUCGGGUGUCCCAGGAGGCUAUGUGUUAUGGUAUCGGCCUCUCUACCGUGCCUUCAGAAGUGAUAGCGCGUUGAGCUUUGGAUGGUUUUUCUUGUUCUACAUGCUCCACAUACUUUUCUGCGUCUUUGCUGCAGUUGCGCCUCCUAUUGUCUUCAAAGGAAAAUCACUUGCGGGUAUAUUACCUGCAAUAGAUGUGUUGAGCGGUCAGGCAUUGGUCGGAAUCUUCUACUUCAUCGGGUUUGCGUUUUUCUGCCUUGAAUCAGUGGUCAGCAUAUGGGUUAUUCAGCAAGUAUACAUGUACUUCCGAGGAAGCGGGAAAGCGAAUGAGAUGAGGCAGGAAGCUGCAAGAGGAGCCAUGAGAGCUGCCAUAUGAUCCUUUUCUGUGUAGAAGCCCAUCAAGCCUUAGAAUUUCGGAGCCAUUUUGUAUAUGUUUUCAACAUCCUCUUACUCUAUGUUUCCUUAUGUAGGAGCCAUUUUGUUUCGUUGUGAUUGUGUAGUGGUUACACACUUCUUCAGUUAUUUAGCUUCGCUGAUCGAUUUUUCCC